AUGUUCAAUUCAGUAUAUCCAGCAUUAGAAGAACUAAAGCAACCAUUAACACCAGAUCAAUUAAAUGUAUUAAGAAAUCAAUUAGAAUCAGAAGAACCAAAGCCAUCACCACAAACAAGAUUUAAUUAUGCAUGGGGUUUAAUAAAAUCAAAUUCUCAUAAACAACAAAGAGAAGGGUUAGAAAUAUUAACAUCAUUAUAUAAAACUGAAACUUCAAUGAGAAGAGAAAUAUUAUAUUAUUUAAGUUUAGUAUCUUUCAAAAUUGGUGAUUAUACAAAUGCAAAAAGGUAUAUUGAAGCUUUAUUGAAAAUAGAACCUCAUAAUCUGCAAGCUUCACAAUUGAAAGAAAAUAUAGAGGAGAAGAUUACUCAAGAAGGUUUAAUUGGAAUUGGAAUAGCUGGUGGUGUAUUAGCUAUAGGUAUUGGUCUUAUUGGAGCUUUAGUUAGAAAGAAUAGGAAGUAA